AUGCCAGUGGAUAAUUGGCUCAUUCUAGCACUAAUAAUGAUAUUUUCAUCAAUAAUAUUAUGUGGUUUUUUUCCAAUGGUAAUUCGUUUAAUUAUUGCUCGUCGACGUUACAUUCGCUAUAUUGAUGAAUUUACAAAUAUUGCAUAUUCUACUCCCGAUGCAUUUAUAAAUCUAGAAUCAUUGUUUCAUAGUGUAAAAUUAAAUAUUGACGAACCGAUGAACAGUCAUGAACACUCGCUUUUAUAUCCAAGUAUACCAUUUAUUGAUGAACUGACUAAAGACGAAGAAACUGUUGUGUAA